AUGGCAACUGUAUCAAACGGCUCCGAGUACGACUUCAUUGUUGUUGGAGGUGGUACUGCCGGUAAUGCUGUCGCCGGCCGCCUUGCUGAAAAUCCAGACGUCCGUAUUCUGGUGGUUGAGGCCGGCAUUCCCAACCCAGACCAGAUCGAAGAAAUCACUACUCCUGCAAAGGCUUUCGAGCUUCGCGGAAGCAAAUAUGAUUGGGCUUACAAGACGACUAUGAUCAAGCGCGACGAUUAUGAAAGAAUCGAAAAGCCAAAUACUCGCGGCAAAGCUUUGGGUGGAAGCUCAUGUGCCAAUUACUUCACUUGGAUCCCCGGUUCCAAGCCCACGUUCGACGACUGGGAGGAGUUUGGUGGUCAUGAAUGGAACUGGGACCGUUGUGUAGAGUAUCUACGCAAAUGUGCCACCUACCAUGAUGAUGAGAAGCUAUAUCCCGCCGAACUGAGCAAGAUCGGAAGUGGAGGCCCAGUACAAAUUGCACAUGCCGACUUGGUUCCGGAAAUGAAGCCCUUCCGCGAUGCUCUAACUGAAGCCUGGGUCUCCAAGGGCGAGGAAUUGACCGAAGAUAUCUAUUCAGGAGAGAUGAGAGGUCUUACCCACUGCGUUGAUACCAUCUAUCAAGGCCAGCGUCAAGGCAGCUUCUUAUAUCUGAAAGAUAAACCAAAUGUGACGAUCCUCUAUGGAGUCCAGUCUAAGCGUCUUAUUAUCGACCCAGACACCCGUAUCUGCUCCGGUGUCACUGUUGUUAGUGGAGAAUCUGGCACCGAAAUCUCAGUCUUUGCUAGCCGCGAAGUCAUUCUGUCCCAGGGUGUUUUUGAGACUCCUAAGCUGUUGAUGUUGAGCGGAGUUGGGCCCGCUGCUGAAUUGAAACAACAUGGCAUUGAUAUUGUGGUCGACUCACCUCACGUCGGACAACAUCUUCUCGACCACCCCAUCGUGCCGUUUGUCCUUCAAAUCAAAGAUGGCUAUGGCCUAGAUGAUCACAUCCUGAGAUCAGGUCCACUUAAGGAUGCUGCUGUUUCAGCUUACCAGCGGGAUAAGACAGGCCCAAUUAGCUCGGGACUCUUGGAGCUUGUCGGGUUCCCUCGUAUUGACCAGCGUCUUGAGAAGUACCCAGCAUAUCGCGAAGCCAAGGCAGCGAACGGCGGACUGGACCCAUUUGGUCCUGCUGGGCAGCCUCACUUUGAGCUUGACUUCGUUGGUAUGUUCAGCACUGCUUUCCAAUGGCACUAUCCAGUGCCUGAAAAGGGCAGUUAUAUGACAGUUAUUGUCGAUCUUCUUCGCCCUCUGUCCGAAGGAGAGGUCAAGCUGAACAGUCGUAACCCCCUGGUGCAGCCUAACAUCAACCUGAAUUUCUUUGGCAAUGACCUUGACAUUCUGGCAAUGCGCGAGGGUGUUCGCUGGACUUAUGAUGUUCUUACCACUGGGGCUGGAUUCAAGGACAUUAUUGUCCAGGAAUACCCUUGGAAGAUGCCACUCCAUUCCGAUGAGGAGAUGAAGAGGGCUGUUUUGGACCGGAGCCAAACUGGAUUCCAUCCCUGCGGGACUGCACGUCUCUCCAAGAGCGUCCACCACGGUGUCGUUGACUCGAAGCUUCGGGUGCAUGGAGUUCGCAAUCUCAGAGUUGUGGAUGCGUCCGUCAUCCCCGUCAUUCCGGACUGCCGCAUUCAAAACUCGGUUUAUAUGAUUGGCGAGAAGGGAGCCGACAUCAUUAAAGCCGCGCACAAGGACAUCUUUGAGGCCAAGAGUAUUCCUUACUUUGUUUCCAGUAGACUGUGA